GGCAGGUUCGCCAAGGCGGCCGCGGGCUCGGGCUCCCUGCCCGCUCCCCCCGGGCCGGCGGCGCGGGCCUGCCCGGCGCCCCGCCCCGCCCCGCGCGCCCUCCCCGCUGCGCAACUCGACCCAAGUUGGAAACCGAGCCCGGCGGCUGCACUCGCGCCGAGCGCACGGCGGUGGUGGUGGCGGCGGCGGCGGCGGCGCAGCACUGGCGAGCAAGGCAGGCGAGGCGGCGCCCGCACGGCCGAGCGUGGACCGCGGGGGGCGCCCGCGCCCGGGAGCAGCAGGAGGACUGGCGGCAGUGCCGGCGCCCAGUCUGGGAAAGUAAAGUUGGAGCAGGAGGCUGGGCGCGGGGGUCCGGAGGAGCUGCAGCCCGCGUCCCGGCGCUCCGAGCGCUAGCUGGCUGAAUGGGAGGCGGAGCGCUGGGACCACCGCCGCCUGCAGCCUGCGCCCGAGCCGGGCGCCGGGACCGUGGAGUCGCUCAGGCUCGCCAACUGGGGCGCCGCGUCGCCGUGGGCUCGUGGCCGGGACGCUCCCAGUGAGCGGGGCCGAGGGCGGGGCCGCGUGAGGACCCCGGGACCUGCCCCCCUUCCCCCCGCCACCGCGUCUCCGCUCGCUCCGGGCGCCUCCAGCUCUGCACUUACCCGCGCGGCAGCUGCGGGGAGCCCGGCAGCCACGCUCUCCGGCGCGCCGCCCGCCAGGCCACCACGGCCAAGGGCCGGCUGCGGGGCGCCGCUGUUCCUGACGGGCACACCCGAGGAGCAGGCGGCGAUGCGGGCGCCGACCCGGGCUGGGGGGUGCCCGAGCUGCCGCGGCUGCGCCCGGGCUCCUGGCUGGACCGCGUAGCUCGCGGGAGGACCAUGGCGUCCCCGGCGCUGGCGGCUGCGCUGGCGGUGGCGGCGGUGGAGGGCCCCAACGCGAGCGGCGCCAGCGACGGGGGCAGCGGUGGGGGCGUCAACGCCUCAGGGGCCACCUGGGGGCCGCCGCCCGGCCAGUAUUCCGCCGGGGCUGUGGCAGGGCUGGCGGCCGUGGUGGGCUUCCUCAUCGUCUUCACCGUGGUGGGCAACGUGCUGGUGGUAAUAGCCGUGCUGACCAGUCGGGCGCUACGUGCCCCACAGAACCUCUUCCUGGUGUCGCUGGCCUCGGCCGACAUCCUGGUGGCCACGCUGGUUAUGCCCUUCUCGCUAGCCAAUGAGCUUAUGGCCUACUGGUACUUUGGGCAGGUGUGGUGCGGCGUGUACCUGGCACUCGACGUGCUCUUCUGCACCUCCUCCAUCGUGCACCUGUGCGCCAUCAGCCUGGACCGCUACUGGUCGGUGACGCAGGCAGUCGAGUACAACCUGAAGCGCACGCCGCGCCGUGUCAAGGCCACAAUCGUGGCUGUGUGGCUCAUCUCGGCUGUCAUCUCCUUCCCACCGCUGGUUUCCUUCUACCGCCAGCCGGACGGCGCUGCCUACCCUCAGUGUGGCCUCAACGACGAGACCUGGUACAUCCUAUCCUCUUGCAUCGGCUCCUUCUUCGCGCCCUGCCUAAUCAUGGGCCUGGUCUAUGCGCGCAUUUAUCGAGUGGCCAAGCUGCGCACGCGCACACUCAGCGAGAAGCGCGCUCCCGCGGGCCCCGACGGCGCGUCUCCAACCACUGAGAACGGGCUGGGCACGGCGGCGGGCGAGAACGGGCACUGUGCACCCCCGCGCGCCGACGUGGAGCCGGACGAGAGCAGCGCAGCUGAGAGGCGGCGGCGCCGGGGCGCGCUGCGGAGGGGCGGACGGCGGCGCGCGGGCGCCGAGGCGGGCACGGGCAGCGCAGAUGUGCCCGGGCCCGGGGCCGCGCCGGCUGAUCCCGGCACCCUGGCAGCAGCCAGGUCCCCGGGGCCUGGCGGGCGCUUGUCCCGCGCCAGCUCGCGCUCCGUCGAGUUCUUCCUGUCGCGCCGGCGCCGGGCGCGCAGCAGCGUCUGCCGCCGCAAGGUGGCCCAGGCGCGGGAGAAGCGCUUCACCUUCGUGCUGGCCGUGGUCAUGGGCGUGUUCGUGCUCUGCUGGUUCCCUUUCUUCUUCAGCUACAGUCUGUACGGCAUCUGCCGCGAGGCCUGCCAGCUGCCAGACCCGCUCUUUAAGUUCUUCUUCUGGAUCGGCUACUGCAACAGCUCGCUCAACCCGGUCAUCUACACGGUCUUCAACCAGGACUUCCGGCGCUCCUUCAAGCACAUCCUCUUCCGACGCAGGAGAAGGGGCUUCCGACAGUGACCUGUGGUCAACUUGCCCUCAUUCCUGAUCGGUCUGGCGGGGUGUGGUGGCUUCUCCCCAGAGAACCAGGGAUGGACUGGCCUCCAGGGCACAGGGGAGAGAGGGUGCAGCAGGGCAGAAGCUGGACCGACAGCUGGGCCUCCGGGGAGUGAGAGGGAGAAAGGGGAGACCCUUUGCCUUCCCAUCUCAGCCAGGGGCUGCUUCUGGGGCUCGAGUUGGGGAUCCAGGUGCUGGAGCCUCGCCAGGGUCUGACUGUGAGGUGGGCGUUUACACAGCAGUAUGGGAUGCAACCCCCUACCCCAAAUGUGGGGAGAAGGAGUUCCUCCCAAACACACACCACCUGGUAUUCCCAGGGACCAAGGGCUGACUUCCCAAGACCUGGGUGACGGCUCUCUGGGGAGAAGGAGGAAGAGGGCACUGACCAUCUUUGAUUACUGAAAGUAUUUAAAGUAUGUUUGCCAAAAACAAACAGCCCAAACAGCCAAACUAUUUUCUAAAUAAACCUUUGUA